CCUUGUUCAUGAGUUGUGUUGUUUAUUUUUUAGGCCUCAUAGCAUUCAUCCUGCAGUGAGAGAGGGGAUAAGAGAGCACAUCCUGAGCUUCCCACGCCAACCGAACCACUACUCACGGAUGAAGGGAGAUGUGGAGAGGGAGUACCUGAGCCCUGAUUUAAACCUGCUCCGCAUGUUCCGCCUGUACAAGGAAAACAAUCCAGCAUCCACUGCAAAGUUCUGGCUCUAUAGGGACAUCUUCAAGCAGCAAAACCUCAGUUUUGGGCAGCCAAGAAGUGAUACUUGUGCAAAAUGUGACGCCCUGUUCUCAAAAUUAGUAGCUACUACAACAGAUGGAGAAAGGUUGAAGAUCACAGCCAAGAGUGAGCUUCACCACCGGAAAGCCGAAAAAGCAUACACCCAGUUGCAGGCUGACACAGAGUGGGCCAAAGCCAAUGAUGACUGCCAUGUCAUUUGUAUCGACAUGCAGGGGGUAGUGUACACGCCAAACCUGACACACUCCAACGUGUACUAUCAACGGCAGCUGGCCAACUACAACCUCUGUAUCCAGGAGAUGGGCACUGACAAACCUCCUACAAUGUGCCUCUGGCAUGAGGGCAUCGCUCACAGAGGUUCCAUCGAGGUGGCAAGCUGUCUUUUGAAGUGGGCAGAAACAUCUUUCGCUCCCCUAGUCCAGGCAAAGGAACGGAAGCUCAUCAUCUAUAGUGACCGAUGCUGUGGGCAGAACAACAACUGGCGAGUCCUAAACCUCAUGGCCCUACUCGUAUCUAGAGGGUACUUCAGUCAGAUAGAGCAGAAGUUCAUGGUGUCUGGUCACUCCUUCCUUCCCUGUGACCGUUCAUUUGCCACGCUGGACAAGAGGUGUAAGGUGUCCACACUCCACACCCCCAGCGAUGUCGCCGAGAUGAUCCGUGGAGCCAGGCAGCUGCAUCCAUUUAAAGUAAUUGAGAUGAAAUGUGCGGACUUCAGGCAGCUCCCUGAUGCAACAUUAAAGCAUCCACCUGGCUUCCUAAUCACAUCCAUGAUGUGGUUGAAAGUGACAGCUACUGAUCCAUGGUGUGUCCACACAAAAGGGAGCCACAGCCUCUACGAGGGAUGGAAGCAUUGGCUGAUCACCAAACAGAGGAAGAAUCAACCACCUCCAGCUCCCUUGUUCUCCACUACGUAUGCUCGUGCUUACGAGGACCCUUUGCCCAUCAAGAAGGAGAAGCACUGUGACCUUAUGAAAAUGCUAGCCUACAUGCCAGCGGAGGCCCAAGCAUUUUAUGGGACAUUAGAAUGUGAAGAGUAG